AUGCUCUUGCGCUCCGAUCUCGCGACCCUGCGAGCCCCCCUUCUCCGCACCAACUGGCGCGAGCCGACGGUCGGCCGAUGUGCUCUCAUCGCCGCGGUCGUUGGAGGCCUUUUGCUUGCGGUGGUCGUUGGCGCGCCACCUAUGGUUGAGCUGCUGGCCUAUGACGCUGCUUCCACCCCGCCUCUGUUUCGGAUAGCGGCCGAUGGCCCCUUUGAUGCAGGUCUACAGCACGGGCGGCUCGCGCGCUCUCGCAUUGCUGGCUGGUUUGCGACGGCAGAGAUGCGGAAAGUGUUCGCGUUUGCUGCUAGUCCGAAUGGGAGCGCGGCGCUGGCCAAUCUGAAGGCGGAUAACAUGCGCGAGUUCCCAGCCUUCGCAGAGGAGCUGCGCGGUAUCGCCGCUGGGAGCGGCUUCGACGUGGAUAAGAUAUGGUGCGCAAAUCUGCUGAAUGAGCUCGGCUCGCUCAUGGGUCAUCAGGGCUUCCAGGCAGCGCCCCAGCAUUGCUCAGAUGUGUACGCAAUCGAGGCGGGUGGGUACAGCCGCGGAUUCGUCCACGGCCACAAUGACGACUGGUCCAGUGCAGUGAAGCCAUUCUGGUACUUUGCCGCAUUCACAUACGCCGACUCGGUCGCAGCUGGCGGCUUCCGUGCAUGUGCGGGUGUGAAUUACCCUGCGGCCUUGGUGGGCUGGGCGCCGACAUGGAACGAGUUUGGGAUCUACUCGACUCAAAAUUCGAUGGUGCCGCGAAAGUCUCGGGCAGGAGGGCUCGCCUGCGCCUUUGUCCAGCGCCGUGCGAUCUGCUCCUCCUCGACGCUCGACGAGGCAGUGCGCGCGCUGACAGUGCCCGGCUGGAGCGAGGGCGCAUCGAUGAAUGUGGUGGACGUGAGAGGGAAGCGGAUGGCCAACGUCGAGCUCUGGGAGGACGAGUCGUCAGUGCUCGAGGUCACCGAGGACGUGAUGAACUACACCCACUUCAAUCAGUACAAACACCUCACCACGCGUAAGGGGCGGGCGGUGGACAGCCCUGCGGCGUUUGCCAACGACCCGCGCCAGGCGCGCGCCGACGGGCUGCCACCGCCGCGCACCGCGGAGGACGUGAAGGCGAUUCUGAGCGAUGCAAAGAUCUACCGGCCCGAGGCGACCAUCACCACCAUGGUGCUCAACGGCUCGGCGAGGCGGCUUGAGGUCUGGUGCGCCACGCGGAGCGCGGGCUCCCAGCCUCUCUACUCGUGGGACCUUGACACCUUCUUUUCCGCUGGAGAGAUUGACGGACUCACUAGGAGAGAUGGAUAA